AUGGAACGAAUGACGAUGAGCGGCCUCCUCGACCCUUCCACCCAGAAGAUACCUGAAAAACUUAUUAUCCUCAACGACCGCAUCGCCGGCCUCACAGCCAGGAUGUACAACAUCAAAAAGAAAUAUGAAAAUCCGAAAGCCAAACCGUCCUUCCUCACCGAACGGAAUAUGGAGGUCUGCAUCAAGCACUUGACAAAAAAGUUUCCACAGUUCGACGUCCGAAGCAGUGGCGCGCUGUUAAACUCGGUGAAUUUCGUCAAGGACCAAAUACUAACCACUCUAGACCUAGAUUACGGUACUUUCGUCGACGUCCUCGAACUUAGGGACCACGUGAACGAGUUAUUGACAACCAUCAGUGCUUGUCAGGUGAAGUUUAACCUUUCCCUGAACUUCGACUUAACGUAUUACUACCUCAACUUGAUAAGUGAUUUCGUGUGCCUAAUGAUUUUGAUAUCGAAAAUCGAGCAACGGAAAGUGAUUCUUGGUCUGUAUAGUACCGCAUACGAAAUAAAAAAUGGCGAAGGGGAACAAAACUUUCCUCGUCUUGGCCAGAUGAUUAUGGAUUACGGCAAUCCACUAAAAAAGCUUUCAGAUGAUUUUUCACCUCACCGUGCAAAUUUGAUGAGAGCCAUUAACUCGAUCGCCUUCAUCUAUGGCAGACGCAAUUUAACGGCGGACAAGUGGAGAGAGGCCCAGCUGCUCAGUCUCGUAUCGACACCUAGCAAUCUGUUGUCUUCGGCAGAGACAGACACGAUCCCUUGUGAGUACCUUUCGCUGGAAACGAUGAACCGUUGGAUAAUAGUGUCCCUUUCCAUAUGCCAUUAUUGCAUCGCACAGCCGCUCUUUGCCGAUCUGUGGGGUCAGGCAUUGAAAUCAGGAGUCCGAUUUCCGAUCUAUCGGGAUGAGUAUCUUUCUAUACAUCACUACCUUCAGCCCUUUCUUGAAGGAAUUAAAGGCUACGGAAAACGGGUGAACGAACUGAAGGAAUUGUACACUGCGGCCACUCAAAACGCGGUUCUGGUUCAUCGCGAACGUCGGAAGUUUCUGCGGUCGGCGCUGAAGCAGCUGUGGCUACUGCUGUCGGAUGAACCGGGUCUUAUUGCACCGAAACUUUUGCUGGUGCUCAUUGGUGUAUCGUUUUCCCGUGACGAAGUCAACUGGCUACUAAGGCAUGGGGAAAAUUGGAUGGACAAGUCCGCAAGCAAAACCAAGUGUCCAGUAGACAUCAGCGACAAGCAGCUGCCUGAACUGUUGUUCUACAUUAUGGAACUGCGAAACCUUGUGUUAAAGCAUGAGAACAUCAUCCGGUGUUACUAUCUUCAGUAUCUGAAAGGCUUUGACGCACCUCUCCUGGCGAAUCUGGUUAAAAACGCUGUCUGGAUAUCAGACACUGAACGGUCGCUUGUGAACAGCAUCACGGAUACCCUGGCCAACAUCUCCAUGGAUAUUGCGAACCCAGGAAGCAGAGAAUACGACUUUGCUGCACUUCGACUCGAUCUAUGUCGUCUGCAGGUUUAUUCGGAGUCGAAGGGUAUUUCGCUCGAGAACAAUCCAGAUUUUGCACACGCCAUCAACACCACCAUUUUUCACCUGAAGGCGGUCGAUGAGUUGGACCAGAUAAUGAAAGACAAUUCUGAUCUCUCGCUGAACUGCUUUUACCCGUCACAACUGAUGAACAACUUUCGCUUUUGUCUCCGGGUUCCCAGUCAAGCUCGUUUCGUCUGCGUGUUCCCCAGAAUUUGUGCUGAUUUUACACACUGUUUUCACAACAUGUGCCCCGAGGAAAGGAUUAUCAUCGGAAAUCGAGCUACAAACACAUGUGAUUUGUUUCUGAAGCAAACGGUGAUGAAAGCAGCUGAACUGUUUGCUGAAAUCUGUAGAUACAUGGGAGCAAUUGCUGAUCAGUCCUUACCAGAAAACUGUCGCAACGAGAAACAGUCCGAUGAAAAAAAAUCGAUCGGUGAAAAGAGCAAGAAAGAGGCUAAAGCUAAGCUUCCCGAGACAGAGAAUCGACCAGGUGACGAAAGCUACCGCAAAACCAUUGAAGACACUAAUGCGUAA